UUGGCAACUCUGCUCCAUUCAUGUGAGAUAUGACAAAACAAGAAUUAGUAUAGUGGAGAAUUUGGGACCUCACAAAUAUUUGAAAAAAAAAACACACACACACACACAAGGAAAACAUUGUCUAUAAUUCACAUAAAUAUCUGAACGUGAAGCCAGAUUCUUGAAGAUAAAUCAAAGAGGCAGAAGAUUUUUUUGGUUUUGUUAGAAUCUUUCUCCAGGUGGCGCCUUGCUCAGAAUUAUCUCUUCAGUUCAUUUGACAGCAGCAUUGUUUAAUACUCCAUUGAAGCAAUGGGUGAAUCAUGGGCAUGUUUAUGCGUGGACAGCAUCAUGCCUUCAACCAUAAAGGGAAACAACUGUGUCUCUUAUUUCUACAGAAACGUAGGGAAAAGAAGGCAAUUGCAGCAGCAACAGCAGAGGAUGGUGCAUUUGAGCAAUUCUUUCUUGGAUCCAUGGCCUGCAAAAAUGGUGUCAAUCUGCACUAGUUCAACAAAGAGACACAAGCUUCAACGCCUCAUCGUUGUGGAUGAACUAGGGGGGCAAUACGAGGACACCUUCAACGAUGUCAAAAUGGAACUUGUUGAGUUCUUCACGUUUAAGGCUGUGAGGACAGUUCUUGAACAGCUGUAUGAAAUGAAUCCACCACAGUAUAAAUGGUUCAACAACUUUGUGGCGGACAAUGUACCAAGCAAGGGGAACCGCUUUCUUCAGACUCUGGUUAAGGAGAGGAGAGAACUUGCUGAAAGAGUGAUGAUCACACGCCUCACACUCUACGGCAGAUGGAUCAAGAAAUGUGAUCUUGGUGAAAUAUACAAGGAAAUAUCAGAUGAGAAUUUGAAGCUCAUGAGAGAGAGGCUCCUGGAAACCAUCCAAUGGCCGUCUGAUGAUAAUUCCAAAUCUGAUCAGGAUACUGAUUAACUUCUCUUUGCUUCUAAACAUAUGGAUAUUUUUAGGGGUGUAAUCGAACCGAAUAUUAGUGUGCACAAGUUUGGUUUGUUUGAUAUUGAGUCGAAUCCUAAACUUUGUUUAUUGAAUACUUUGAAACUCAUGAGCUUAAUCGAGCAUAUACAAAUUUUCUACAUUUAUAUUUA